AUGGCCACCACCGACUCCAAGACCGCUCCUCCCCUCACCGGCUUUGCGCUGUAUUCGCGCUUCGCCCUUGCCGGUGCUAUCUGCUGCUCUAUCACCCACGGUGGUCUCACCCCCGUCGAUGUCGUCAAGACCCGUAUCCAGCUUGACCCCAAGACCUACAACCGCGGCCUGAUCGGUGGCUUCCGCCAGGUCAUCCAGAAUGAGGGUGCUGGUGCUCUCCUGACCGGUGCCGGUCCCACCUUCGCCGGCUACUUCCUUCAGGGCGCCCUCAAGUUCGGUGGAUACGAGUUCUUCAAGCAGCAGUGGAUCAACGCCCUCGGCUACGAGACGGCCUCCAACAACCGCACUGCCGUCUACCUGGCCUCGUCCGCCACGGCCGAGUUCUUCGCCGACAUUGCCCUGUGCCCCCUCGAGGCCACCCGUAUCCGUCUCGUCUCUGAGCCCACCUACGCCAACGGUCUCAUCGGUGGCUUCAGCAAGAUGCUCAAGAACGAGGGCUUCGGAGCCUUCUACGCCGGUUUCGGUCCCAUCCUCUUCAAGCAGAUCCCCUACACCAUGGCCAAGUUCGUCGUCUUCGAGAAGGUCUCCGAGGCCCUCUUCAAGACCUACCCCAAGGAGAACAUGUCCCCCAGCACCCAGACUGCUGCCAACCUCGGCGCCGGUCUGAUUGCCGGUUUCGCUGCCGCCGCCGUCUCCCAGCCCGCCGACACCAUGCUCUCCAAGAUCAACAAGACCAAGGCCGCCCCUGGUGAGGGUACCAUGACCCGUCUCGUCAAGAUUGGCAAGGAGCUCGGUGUCCGUGGCUCCUUCACCGGUCUCUCCACGCGUCUGAUCAUGAUUGGCACCCUGACCGCUGGUCAGUUCGGUAUCUACGGUGACCUCAAGAAGGCCCUCGGUGCCACCAGUGGUGUCGAGAUCAGCAAAUAA